AGAAAGAAAGAAAGAAAGAAAGAGCUCGCGUGUGAUGUGUUUGUGUAUCCUCAGUGUUUUUCUCUCUUAGGUGUAAACAGUCUUUUCUCUGUGUAUUUUAGCGUUUAGUGUAUUUUAGGACACUACAGUGUGUGACAGUAAUCAGGGCUUACAGGAUGAGGAAUCUACUGAUCAAACCUCCACAGAGUCUCUGGAUUCUGUCUGGAACAUAAGGAACAUAUGGACAUUAGGAACUUCAUGAUGAAGAUCAAAACUAAACCCAAAGAAAUAAAAACUAAAACUACAGAAAUAAAAACUGAACCUACAGAAAUAAAAACUGAACCUACAGAAAUAAAAACUGAACCUACAGAAGAGGAUCACACUAAGGCAGAUUAUAAUCAUGAUGAUUUUAUUCCUUCAGAUGUGAAGAGUGAAUUAUGUUUGGAUGGAGAAAUAACGUCCUUGACAUCAAAAGAGCGACGGACAUCACAAACUCUUUCCUGCAUCACCUGUGGAAAGACAAUGAGCUCAAAGGGACAUUUAGAAAGACAUAAGAAAAGACACAACGAGCAGAAACUCUUCCCCUGCAGGAUAUGUAAGAUCACCUUUAAUACCUUACAAGAGAAGAAACUUCAUUAUUCAAAAGUGCACACAGUGAGGCAGAAGAAACGACCGUUUCACUGUGAGCAUUGUGGGAAGGAUCUUUUUGCAACAACAUCUCAUAUUAAUGCUCACAUGAGGACACACACUGAUGAAAAGUCUUUCCACUGCACUGAAUGUGGCAAAUAUUUCAGCAGCAAAGGAAAUCUCAUUGUCCAUUUGAGACUUCACACAGGAGAAAAACCAUACGAGUGUCCUCACUGUGAGAAGAGAUUCAACCACAAACCUCAUCUGAAGACACAUGUGCUUUUACACACCAAUGAGAGACCGUAUCAAUGCAGUCAAUGUGACAAAGCCUUUAUACAUAAAUGUUCUUUCAAUUUACACCAAAAACUUCACUCGGGAGAGAAACUCCAUCAAUGUUCACUCUGUAAUAAACCUUUCUGUCAUAAAUCUCAGCUAAAAGACCAUGAGAGAGUUCACACUGGAGAGAAACCUUACGUCUGCUCGAUCUGUGGAGAGAGAUUCACUUAUUUAAAAACUCUAAAGAAUCAUCAGAAGAAACAAACUGAAGAACAAACUACACUGAAAUCAUCAUAGUGACUCAAUCUGUGAAAUUCAAUCAAUCCCAGAGUUCUCCAAACUGCAUUUUCCUGACUUCCUUUUAUAUUGCUUUUCAAGCUAUUUUGUUUGAACUUGAAAGGUCUGGGUUCAGUAUCCAUGGAGACGUUCAUCAGGGGCGGGUGUAAUAUUCAAAUUACAAUAGUUUUCAUCCGCCACAUUUAUCAACAGCUGUCAAUCGUACGACGGAAUUGGCCGCAUAUGAAAGUUUAAUGAAUCACAUGUAAUCGCAUUGUCGUGAGAUAUUUGCGCAUGGGUCUGCAGUUGUUUCUGCGUGGGAUUGAUAAAUGAGUUCUCAUGUGGUUUAUUAUUGGAGUUUAAAGCCAAUGAUUUCAGAUGAUAUUACUGUGAGACUUUCUGUGGAUUAAAAGUUUUGGCCUUGGCUUAAAAAUGCAAUGCACUGAAUUAAAUAAUCUGCCGAAUAGAUAAAUAAAAAUAAUAAAUGUUUCAUUCAGCUUCUGUUAAAUUCAUUGAAAAUUAAGUUUAUAAUAUGACUGUCUGUCUCCCCCUUUCACAGCUUUGAAAUCCUUUUUCAUAUAUACUGUUGUUCACAGAAACCUGGGGCUGGAAAACACAAGAAGAUUUCUGACAAUAUUUACGAUUUGCGAUCAGAGUGGCCCGACGUGCUUCCGAACAGAUCCAGACGCUUACCACGGGAAAAUCUGAUAAGAUAAUCGGUUCUACUACGAAGACAAUCCGGACUUUGCCUAGGAUUGUCAUAAGGGGGAAAAUCAGAUCAUGACGCACGCAUCCUGAGGGAGAGCGCACUGGCAAACAUUGUUGAUGAUGGAUGUGAUGUGCUGUAAAUCAGUAGGAACUGAUCUGUCCAUGCUGGAUAUUGAUGAUUUCAUCACAGAAAUCUCUCAGCUGAAGAAAGAGGUGGCGUUACUGGAGACAAAGCUGAGGUUAAGAGGAGAUGAAGGACUGAAGAGAGAGGACUCCGAGCUCAGUCUGACUUUACUCUGUUAUACUGAGUCAAAGCCCACAGACGCUCAGGACACUACAGUGUGUGACAGUAAUCAGGGCUUACAGGAUGAGGAAUCUACUGAUCAAACCUCCACAGAGUCUCUGGAUUCUGUCUGGAACGCUGGAGAACAGCAGCAGCAGAUCCUGCAGACCAAACUCAAGAUGUGUUCAGUCAAACUCAACGACUGCUCGAACCUCACGAUGGAGAUCAAAACUGAACCCACAGCAGAUGAAGAUCACACUACGGAAGAUGACAGUCAUGAUGAUGCUUUUAUUUCUUCAGAUGUGAAGAGUGAAUCAUUUUUGGAUGGAGAAAUAACAUCCUCAACAUCAGAAGAGAGACUGACAGCACAAACUCAAGAGAAAAAACUUCAUUCAGAAGAGCACAGAGAGAAGAAGAAGAAGUUUCACUGUAAACAGUGUGGGAAGGAUUUUGUCUUCUUAUCUCAGCUAAAAGUUCACAUGAGGACACACAGUGGUGAAAAGCCUUUCUACUGCAAUGAAUGUGGCAAAUAUUUCCGCAGAAAACAAACUCUUCGUGUUCAUCAGAAAAUUCACACAGGAGAAAAACCAUACGAGUGUCCUCACUGUGAGAAGAGAUUCAGCCACAAACCUUAUCUGAAGGCACAUGUGCUUAUACACACCAAUGAGAGACCGUAUCAGUGCAGUAAAUGUGAAAAAACCUUUAAGUAUUUCGGUUCAUUAAAAAAACACCAGAAAAUUCACUCUGAGGAGAAACGCUAUCAAUGUUCACACUGUGAUAAAGUUUUCAGUCAUGAAUCUCAUCUGAUAAUCCAUGAGAGAGUUCACACUGGAGAGAAACCUCAUCGCUGUGAUGUCUGUGGGAAGAGUUUCAGCCAACAUUACAAUUUAGUGUCACACCUGAGAACUCAUACAGGUGAAAGACCUUACAAAUGCUUUCAGUGUGAGAAGACGUUUACUCAGUCAUUUUCCUUAAAAACCCAUAAGAGAAUUCAUACUGGAGAGAAACCUCAUCACUGUAGUGUUUGUGGGAAGAAUUUUAAUCAACGUGAAAAUUUAGUGAGACAUCAGAGAAUUCAUACAGGUGAAAAACCUUACAAAUGCUCUCAGUGUGAGAAGACGUUUAAUCAUUCAAGUAUCCUAAAAGUCCAUGAGAGAGUUCAUACUGGGGAGAAACCUUACGUCUGCUCGAUCUGUGAAGAGAGAUUUGCUUCUUUUAGAAGUCUUCAGCGUCAUCAGAAGAAAAAACAUACUGAAGAACAAACUACACUGAAAUCAUCAUACAGGGAAUUAGUCAAGGAGUGUGUUUGUUUAUCCUCAGUGUUUUUCUCUCUUGAGUGUUUUAUUGAGUGUAAACAGAGUCUUGUCUCUGUGUAUUUUAGUGUUAAUGAUGAGAUGGAUGUGAUGUGUUGUAAAUCAGUAGGAACUGAUCUGUCCAUGCUGGAUAUUGAUGAUUUCAUCACAGAAAUCUCUCAGCUGAAGAAAGAGGUGGCGUUACUGGAGACAAAGCUGAGGUUAAGAGGAGAUGAAGGACUGAAGAGAGAGGACUCCGAGCUCAGUCUGACUUUACUCUGUUAUACUGAGUCAAAGCCCACAGACGCUCAGGACACUACAGUGUGUGACAGUAAUCAGGGCUUACAGGAUGAGGAAUCUACUGAUCAAACCUCCACAGAGUCUCUGGAUUCUGUCUGGAACGCUGGAGAACAGCAGCAGCAGAUCCUGCAGACCAAACUCAACAUGUGUUCAGUCAAACUCAACGACUGCUCGAACCUCACGAUGGAGAUCAAAACUGAACCCACAGCAGAUGAAGAUCACACUACGGAAGAUGACAGUCAUGAUGAUGCUUUUAUUUCUUCAGAUGUGAAGAGUGAAUCAUUUUUGGAUGCAGAAAUAACGUCCUCAACAUCAGAAGAGAGACUGACAGCACAAACUCAAGAGAAAAAACAUCAUUCAGAAGAGCACAGAGAGAAGAAGAAGAAGUUUCACUGUAAACAGUGUGGGAAGGGGGGUUUUGUCUUCUUAUCUCGGCUAAAAGUUCACAUGAGGACACACAGUGGUGAAAAGCCUUUCUACUGCACUGAAUGUGGCCAUUACUUCAGAACCAAAGCAAAUCUUGAUGUUCAUCAGAGAAUUCACACAGGAGAAAAACCAUACGAGUGUCCUCACUGUGAGAAGAGAUUCAGCCACAAACCUUAUUUAAAAAAACACAUGCGUUUACACACUAAUGAGAGACCGUAUCAGUGCAGUGAAUGUGAAAAAACCUUUAAGGAUUCAGGUUCAUUAAAAUUACACAAGAAUAUUCACUCUGAGGAGAAACACUAUCAAUGUUCACACUGUGAUAAAGUUUUCAGUCAUGAAUCUCAUCUGAUAAUCCAUGAGAGAAUUCACACUGGAGAGAAACCUUACAUCUGUGAUGUCUGUGGGAAGAGUUUCAGUCAACAUUACAAUUUAGUGUCACACCAGAAAACUCAUAUCGGUGAAAGACCUUACAAAUGCUUUCAGUGUGAGAAGACGUUUACCCAGUCAUUUUCCUUAAAAACCCAUGAGAGAAUUCAUACUGGAGAGAAACCUUACUACUGUAGUGUUUGUGGGAAGAAUUUUAAUCAACGUGAAAAUUUAGUGAGACAUCAGAGAAAUCAUACAGGUGAAAAACCUUACUACUGUAGUGUUUGUGGGAAGUGUUUCAGUCAAAAUUACAGUUUAGUAAAACACCAGAGAACUCAUACAGGUGAAAAACCUUACUACUGUAGUGUUUGUGGGAAGAAUUUUAAUCAACGUGAAAAUUUAGUGAGACACCUGAGAACUCAUACAGGUGAAAAACCUUACAAAUGCUCUCAGUGUGAGAUUACGUUUGCUCGGUUAAGUACCUUAAAAGUCCAUGAGAGACUUCAUACUGGAGAGAAACCUUACCACUGUAAUGUUUGUGGGAAGAGUUUCAGUCAACAUGGCAAUUUAGUAUCACAUAAGAGAACUCAUACAGGUGAAAAACCUUUUAAAUGCUCUCAGUGUGAGAAAACGUUUAAUUCUUCAAGUAUGAUAAAAGUCCAUGAGAGAGUUCAUACGGGAGAGAAACCUUACGUCUGCUCGAUCUGUGAAGAGAGAUUUGCUAAUGUAGGACCUUUUAAGACUCAUCAGAAAAAACAUGCUGAAGAACAAACUACACUGAAAUCAUCAUAGUUUCUUAAAGAUAUUUGACAUGAAUGUUUAACACACUAGAACAAAAACAAUUGUUUUCUAUAAAUGACAUUAAAUGAGGUUAUUUGCACCACAAAAAAGAUAAAAAAAAUUGAAAAAUUUUCCCUCUUUUGCCCAGGUCGAACAAUGAGAUCUGAUCAUAACGUCACAUUCCCAGAGCCUCUGGUGUAUCUCAAAAGAGUGAGACGUUGCGGUACAGCACACAAAACUAUAUUUACAGCGCAUGCAAUCACACCAUUGAAACAUUUACGAAACUUUCAGAGUGAUCGAAGGACAUCCUGAAAUACAAAUGAAAACGAUCAAGAUACAGUUUCAACUCUUGUAUCAAUCUAAUGAACUCCCCCUGCUCUUCUCGUUCCUGAAGAAUGGAGCGUAACCAAUAACGAACAUUCUAAUGGUUUUAUUGGGAAUUUUAUUGGUUCUAAUGGAAUAUGGCCCAAAACACACUACACUCCUAUUGGUAUUUUAAUGGAAACCAUUAGAAUUUUCUGUAAUGUUUUAUUGUUUUUUUCAGCAGGGGUACACAGAGUCGUAGUUGAAUGACAAGGGGAAAUAUCGCAUUCAUAGUCGCAGGCGAUUCAUCCGUGAUUAUGAAUGCGAUAUUUCCCCGCUUAUCAGUGAGCUACGGCUCUGUGUAGUAAAUGCCGCUCCAUCUGAAAGCAGCUGAUGGUGAUUUAUUACUACUCCAGGAACGGCUUUACUGACGAGAUGCACGUGACAAUCGCAUGCGAUUAAUUGUGCAGCCUAAUGUCAUGAGAAUGUUGUGAUGUCCACUGUCAGCAUUUGGUAUAAUAACACCUCCUCAUUUUAGUCAGAGCAUCGGAAAUACAACUAAGAUUGUUCAAUAAAACAUCUUUAUUAUAAUCAAA